AUGGACAAAAGUAAGAGCAAAGGUAUGAGAAAAGGUGCAUGGACAUAUGAAGAAGACAAGUUACUAAAAGCUUGUAUUGAAAAGUAUGGUGAAGGAAAAUGGCAUUUGGUUCCCCAAAGAACAGGAUUGAAUAGGUGCAGGAAAAGUUGUAGAUUGAGAUGGUUAAAUUAUUUAAACCCUGCGGUUAAUAGAGAAUGUUUUUCUGUUGAUGAAGUUGAUAUGAUCUUAAGGUUACACAAACUUCUAGGAAACAGAUGGGCAUUAAUUGCUGGAAGACUUCCUGGUAGAACAGCUAAUGAUGUGAAAAAUUAUUGGCACACACAUUUACACAAGAAAGAAAAAGAGAAACCUAAUGGAACCAAGAAACCUCAUGAAAUUAUUAAGCCUCAACCGUGGACUUUCUCAUCUCAUUCACCAUGGUUGAAUGGGAAACAUAUUGCGAAACCAAUAAUGGAGGUUUCAACUGAAGACGCUAGUGUUGCAAAAGAUAGUGACAUAGAUACUAUGUGGUGGGAAAAUUUGUUGAAUUUGAGCAAUGACAAAACUGGCUCAUGCUCUUUACUACAAGAAGAGGAAAAUUCUAUUUUAGAGUUACCAAACAGUGAGAACUUUUUGAUUGAAGGCUCCAAUUUCAAUGUCAAUGAUUUUCAAUGGGAUUCCAUCCUUUGUGAAUUUGAUUCUCUUUGA